AUUGUAUGAUCAUUAUCACUUUCACUUUGUUUAUAAUCUUAUCUAUCGUUAAAUUAGUAGUAAUGAUAUAUGAUAUCUAAGAUAUAAUUUGAAUAUUUGUUUUGUGUAUAUUUUAAAGCAAUUGCUGUUAUACUGACAUGUCGUUAUCUAUUGAAAAACAAAUUGAAUUAUUAUUAGCUGGUCAUCCAUUAGAAAUUGGUGACACGCAUGAUAGUACCCAUGCGGUACAAGAUGAAAUAGGAGGAAAAGGAACACCUAGUACUUAUAUACCAAUUUGUCAAAAAACUGUAACAUACAUUGUUGCUGCUGUAGUGAUAAAUAAUCAAGGGGAAGUAUUAAUGAUGCAAGAAGCAAAAGCUACUUGCAGUGGAAAAUGGUAUUUACCUGCUGGUCGUGUUGAACCUAAUGAAAAUUUAUUAGAUGCUGUUAAAAGAGAAGUCUUAGAAGAAACAGGGCUUACAUUAGAUCCAGAAACAUUGAUACUAUUAGAAUGUGCAACUGGUUCAUGGUUCCGAUUUGUAUUUACUGGCAAAAUAACUGGUGGUAAAUUAAAAACAUUAGAAGAAGCAAAUAAAGAAUCGCUGCAAGCAUGCUGGGUGAAUAAUGUAAAUGAUCUGUCACUCAGAUCACAUGAUAUUAUAUCUUUGAUAGAAAGAGGUAAAACUUAUGUCACAAAUAAGAAUAUUCCACAACAUCCAUAUUUAAUGCCAAUUAGUACACCGUUGUCCAAAUUAUUAUUGCGGCUAACAAUCACUUCGAAAAAAAGAUCAACGAAUAAAUUGCAUGUACUUGUAUCAGAUACCAUGCCAUUCCAUUUACCAAUUUGUGAAAUUAAUCCACAUCGCAACCUCCUUUCUACUUUACAUAACUUUAUGAAGGAAUUAUUUGGAAAUGGAGUUGCACAGCAUAAACCACAUGGCAUACUUUCCUUAGAAUUCAGUGGAGGGCAAGGAGGAGAUGGACUUUGUUUAACAUUAUUAGUAUCAUUCAAGUUACCUGUGGAAGAUGUACCUGCUACAGGAAAAUUCAUUUGGCAUGAGCUACCUGAAAAUCUUGCUACAAGUAUUACUUAUCGCUUACCACGAAACAUGACAGUGCCUUUAAAUGUUAUACAAUGAUCAAAUAUUCAUAGUUAGUGUACAAGUGAACAUUAGGUGUGCAUAGCAUAAUUGCAUUUCAAAUUUUAUGUAUGAGAAAUUUUGUUAAUUUUUCUUUUUCUAAAAAAUGAGGUAAAAAAUU